GAGAUCUUGAAUCAAUCGAAACUCACUUGAUAUUACUUUGUAAGAUAAUUGUUUUUGCUCUUCAUGAAUUACUUAAAUUCAGUGCUGGGACAAGGAUAUUAUCUAAAAUAUUAUGUACUUAUAAAGCACCAAUAUUAUCACAAACAUAUCGCAAAACGUCUGUUUAAGACAUCGUGUAGCGUAUCUAAUCAUAAAACGCCGAUAGCAAAAUCCAAUGACUUUAGGAAUUCCUAUGAAUACAUUAUAAUUGGAGCUGGUUCAGCUGGAUGUGUUUUGGCCAAUCGUUUAAGUUUACCACAUCCUAAAACAAAAAAUUCUAGUAAAGUUCUGGUUCUAGAAGCUGGUCCUACAGAUGUUGGAAUUUCCAGAUGGACAAUUAAGAUGCCAGCUGCUCUUAUGUACAAUCUUUAUCACGAUAAUAUGUUAACAAGGUGAAAAGUAUUGAACUCAUUAUGCCGCAUACUUUCCGCGUCCUACAUUUAUUCGGAGAAUCUGUAUCAAGAUUUUAAGUACACCAACUGAAUAAUUUAAGAAAAAACUGGCUAAUAUCACAAAAAGUAUGUUUUAAACAAAUGGUGUUGUACCCAUAGUCUAGUUUUUUGCUAGAAUUUAUGACUUGAUAGAAAAAAAUUGGAUAGUGAUUUGUGUAUUGUCUAUUUAUAAUAUAAAGUAUGUUAUUAGGAAUAUAUUCACUUCAUUUUAACUAUAGUGUUCAUUAUAUGGUCUGAUAAUCAUGAUAAUAUUAAUAUUAUUAUAAACACUCAAAUGCAAUUAUUCGUCACCAACCCCAAACAAAACAUGUUUGAAAAUUUAGUUAUUACUGAACGAAUCACGUCCAUACUCUGAACAGAAAUCACGUAAUAGGCUGAAUGUUUUACAUAAUUUUCGUAGUGAUUAUAGCAAUAAUAAUGACGUGCAUCAGUCACUGGUGUAUUUAAAUGCAUAUCUAUUUGUUGUUACUUUUUUCACACUACCAUCUAUGUGCUUGUCAGUUCACUAAUGAUAUAAACUAUCCUGUUAUAUACAAAAUACAUAUCAGUUUAAAGUACACAAUCGACAAUAAAAGUAUCAUUGGAUACGGUUAUGAUAAAAUUUCUAAAUAUCAGUUAAGUAGUUUAUAGACCUAUAUUUGCAUUGAUAGUAUUUCAGUUAUUUAACCAUUCUUUUGAAAAAUAGACUAAAACUAUCAGAGCUUCUAAGCUACUAAAGAAUACGGUGGGCAGAAAAUUUACAUACGAAUUAAUACAGGAGCUAGUAAUAAGUCAAUCAUUUAGAUAAAAAGUGUAUAUAAAUAAUAAAACAGUUUGUUGAAACUAAUUUUUAAUAACCAGUGUGACUUAAAAAUACGUCAAUAAAAAGGUCUCCAUUUGGUCACUGCCUUUGUAAGUAUAAGGGUUAAUCCAGACCACAGACGCUGGAUUUGAUCUCAUGGUGCGGAGUAGUGGAUGUGCACUGCUGUGAAGUUCCAUGCCAGGAAGAAACGGUUGUUUAGUACUUCCAGGUUUCCACUAACAGUCUAGCUAAAAUCAGUUCGUAAUCUAGACUGUAAAAAUUCUACAAUUUUCGCGAAUCCCCUUACACUAACAAAAGUACAUUAGCCAGGUUUAUUGAAUUAUAGUUAAUAAAAACGUUACUUUGGUUACCAGAUGCCUAAGCCAAACAAGAAGCAAUCUGUGUUUAGAUUUCAUGCUGUGGUGGUUGUAGAUACAACCAUUAAAGUCACUGAUUAUUAAAAUAAAAUCACCUCAUACUGAGGUGUAUGCUACUUAUGUCGAUAGACAUAAGUAGUAUAUAACACCAAUCAAAAGUGGGAUGCCUGGCAGCAGAAAGUUUGGACGAUCAAAUCGAAGAGAACGAGAACAGAGAGUAAUUUUCAUGGCAAUGGGAAAACGAUGAGGUUUGAGACAACUGAUGGAGGAUUCGCAUAUGAAGUAUUGAACGUAUGAUUUUCACAAUUGAUGAAAGGACUCUGUAAUUUUGUAUACAGUACACUGGUUGCUCGCACAUGAGUGUUCAUUUAUUACAGUACCAUAAAGAUAGUUUCAUUAUUAAAAGUGAAUGAUUAUGAGGAGGUUUGGAUGGUCUUGUCGUUUCAUCUUGACAGCGAUUCAGAUACUGUCGUUAGAAUAUAAAAUAUCAAAGCCUAAUAUAAAUCAAGUAAGCAAAUUGCAAUAUUCCUGAGAGUUGACUUAGCAGUUUCUGUAGUAAGUAGUUUUGAAACAUCAAGUUUAGACAGAAUUUAUUCCAUAAUAACCCCGACAGUGCUGAAAAAUAAAAUUGUAAUAAAGCGUAAAGCUAUUAUUUCGAUAAGUUGUACAGCAUUGACACUAUGAGAAAUUUCAUGUUUAUAUGUAUGUACUGAUUUCUUUUGAUAACAUUUAUACCCUGUGUGCAAGUUCAGAAGCGAUGAGAGCUUACAAGCUAUAGACCAUUGUAUUCAGAGAAAAAUAAUACCUAGAUUUAUUGUAGUUAUUCAUUGUCAGAUGAAAAUACAUGAUCUUUAUUCACAGUGAUAGGGUCCGUAUGCAAAUUGUUUGAUAAAAUCGAUUCAAUAUAUAUGUGAUUUAAAAUUAUUCUUUGCAUCAGUUACUAGAAUUGCGUACAAAAAUACCGUUGGCCAAAUAAGUAUCGUAAAAUGCUCAGGCAAAAAUGAAAAAUAGUUAUAAGAUCAUUCAGGCCUGAAUACUAUAGGCAGAUAUUGUUUGAAAAAAGGAUUUUUACAACGAACAGUGCUUACAACUUUUAAGUUAAUGAUAUAAAGUUUAGCGUCUGUACGAUUCUUUACAUAAAGACAGGAUCGGGUUUUUAAACAUUUGUGCUGUUUGAAGCGAUUACGAGUUCACUUAAUCUGAUAACGAAAUGAAGACUCUAUGACACAAUGACAGAAAGUGAGCUAUUCUGACGCGUCCCAGUCCCACUAACUAGAGAGAGAAGUCCAAGUCCGAAAUGGGGAAGUUUAUUCCGCAAGCAACCAUAAGCACAAGCAAUAACAACAGGCACAAAUCAAACGUAUAUAUACAGCACAAAAUUGUCCUUGAGAAGCGUUACAAAAUAGCAUGCGAAAAGAUACAACGAACCAAUAACGUUUAAGGUUCUCCCAAGUGGGAAAUACAAAUAUAAAGGUGAAAAUGAGCGCGUUUGGCUCGAAAACAAGAAAUUCGGGUUUUUAAAAUAAAAUUACAAAAAUAAGGUAUUUAUCAAGUGAGUUCUGGGGAUCUGACAUCCCCAACAAUAUGAUUACUGAUUUUUAAUGAAUGAUAAUUGUUUGGAUUCUAGAUACUUAUUUUGUCUUGUGAGAACUAAAAGAGAUAUACGUAGUCAGAUUAUUUGGACUGUCACAUCAAUACUAUUAUAAAAGAUAGCUCUGUCCAUAUCAAGACUCGAACCGCCGGGAUAAAUAUAAUUGACCUGGCGCUUUGUUAGACAAAUUUGUUGUCCACUAAUGAACGACACCUACACUUUAGUUCGCUUGCGCUACUUACAGUUCUACAUCUUGCUUGAGUUUCAAGAAUAAUAAAAUGAAGUUUAAGUAUAAACUAUCAGUUAACGACUAGAAAAUUACAAAAAAAUUACAGGUUCACAUCUUAUGAUUCGCAGUACAUGUUAUUAUCAGUUAACACCCUUAUAAAACAUGCAGCUUAAUACACUGUAAAUAAUUUAAUGACCAACUUUUCUUUGUUUCCUUGUAAACGUAUCAUUCUUAAUCCACAGUUUUUGAAAAAUAGGUGGUUCUGUGGUGUUUUAUCGUUGUUAGUCGCUUACACUCCCGGAAAGUUAUAUUCUGAUGCAUGUUUAAUAACUUAAUUGCGUUCAUGGAUUUUUCUCAUACGAUAUUAUUUAUAGAUACAAUUGGUAUUAUCACACUGUUCCUCAAAGACAUAUGAAUGACCGUACUAUGUACUGGCCCCGAGGUCGUGUUCUUGGUGGAAGUUCAUCUUUAAAUGCCAUGGUCUAUAUUCGAGGUCAUCCGUUAGAUUAUGAUAGGUGGGAAUUGGAGGGUGCUGAUGGUUGGAAUUAUGCAAACUGCUUGCCAUAUUUUCGCAAAGCUCAGACUCAUGAACUCAAUGGGAACCAAUAUAGAGGUUCUAAUGGUCCAUUAUAUGUAUCCAGAGCCAAAACUAAUCACCCAUUACAUUCAGCCUGGAUUGAAGCAGGCAAACAGGCUGGUUAUCCGUUUACUGAUGAUGUAAAUGGGUAUCAACAAGAGGGCAUGGGCUACUUUGAUAUGACUAUUAAAAACGGUGAAAGGUGUUCAGCUUCCACAGCUUAUUUACAUCCAGCUAUGAAGUCUAGUUCUAACUUAACUGUUGAAACAAAUGCACUAGUCACGCAAAUACUUUUUGAAAAUAAAAGGGCGGUCGGUGUAAAAUACAGUAAAAACGGCCAAGUUCAUGAGGCUAGAGCAGAAUCUGAAGUGAUCUUAUCAGGAGGAGCUAUAAACUCACCACACUUACUAAUGUUAUCGGGGAUUGGUAAUGUAGAUUAUUUACGCUCAAUUGGAAUAGAUGCUUGGCAUCAUUUACCAGGUGUCGGACAAAAUUUACAAGAUCAUUUAGAAUUAUACGUACAGCAGGCUUGUAAAAAGCCAAUAACGCUUUACAAAGCUCAGUGGAAAUAUCCACAUAUUAUGGUUGGGAUCGGUUUAAAAUGGAUAUUUUUCCGUCGGGGCUGGGCGGCGACAACUCAUUUAGAAAGUGGUGGUUUCGUAAGAACAGAAGCAAAUAUUUCUCACCCUAACAUUCAGUUUCAUUUUCUCCCAUCGACAAUACAUGAUCAUGGACGUAAAAUGGGUGGCCAGCAUGCAUUUCAGGUGCAUGUUGGACCAAUGAGGUCAAGAAGUCGCGGCCAAAUUUUAUUGUCUCCUGCAAGUUUAGGUUUUGCUCCAAAAAUAGACCCAAAUUAUUUAGCCUGUGAAACUGAUCGAGCUGAAAUGCGAGCAGCCAUUCGUUUGUCACGCGAAAUAUUCGCUCAGCCUGCAUUAGCGAAAGAAUUCGCAGGCAAAGAACUGGCUCCAGGUGAGGAUAAAGUAUCAAAUUCUCAACUGGAUGAAUUUGUACGUUCUUUUGGUGAUAGCGCAUACCAUCCUUCUUGCACUUGCCGUAUGGGUAAAAAUCCUGAUGGUCGUAAAGCUGUAAGUGAUGAUGAAAUACACAAUGGUUAUUUGGGUAAUGGUAGAAUAGAGGCAGCAGUUACUCAAUCAAACUGUAAAGUGUGGGGCAUUGACAAUCUUCGUAUUGUUGAUGCAAGUAUAAUGCCAUCAAUUGUUUCAGGUAAUUUAAAUGCACCUGUCAUAAUGAUGGCUGAAAAAGCUGCAGAUAUUAUUGUCAGUUCUCGAGAUGGUGUUUCAGUUGUUUUGCCAGCUGAUUCAAAUCCCUCCUAUUGGAAACCAGAGCAUCCUGAUAAACAACGUGAUGGUGUUCCACUUGUAUCUCAUCAUUUGAUUUAACUAAUAUGAAGAUAAAAAAAUUGAGAAAAUCUAUCCAGUAUAUUAACUCCCUCGUUUUAGACAUACUAUUUAUAAAGCACACAUUAUCACACUCCCAAUAAUAGUUGCUUUCAAAUAAAUGCCUUACUUGUUUUUUUUCUUUUUUUGUCAAAGACUUUUAAAGCUCUUGAUAAUAGUAGUUUUUUUAAAAAUUACAUUUCCAUAUUGAAAGUGCUUAUAUUGAAAUUACAGGAAAUCGCAUUGAAUUAGAUUUUUCCAAAUAUCCACAUUCUAUUUUAUUUUAUUUUUGUUCCGUUUGGUUAACUUAAUAACAGUUUUUUAUGAUAAUUGCAAUUUCAUAUAACAGAAUGGUAAUAAAUAAAGUGAUAAUUUAACUAU